GGAGGAGGCGGGUUUUUGAGGAGCGGCCGCUCUAUCCGGUGGACUCUGCUGCUCUGGAGGAGAAGGGAGGGAGGAGGUGGCUCCUGCUCUAAGAUGGCGGCGCAGAGGAGGAGUCUGCUGCAGAGUGAACAGCAGCCCAGUUGGACAGAUGACUUACCAUCCUGCCAUCUCUCUGGAGUGGGCUCAGCUCCAAACCGUUCCUACAGUGCGGAUGGCAAGGGGACAGAGGGUCACCCCUUGGAAGACAACUGGUUAAAAUUCAGGAGUGAGAACAACUGCUACCUCUAUGGUGUCUUCAAUGGCUAUGAUGGCAAUCGAGUCACCAACUUUGUGGGCCAGAGGCUUUCUGCAGAAUUGCUGCUGGGCCAGCUACAUGCAGAUCACAGCGAUGCUGAUGUGCGUCGAGUUCUGCUGCAGGCUUUUGAUGUGGUAGAAAGAAGUUUCCUGGAGUCCAUUGAUGAUGCCUUGGCAGAGAAGGCCAGCCUGCAGUCCCAGCUACCAGAGGGUGUCCCUCACCACCAGCUGCCACCUCAAUACCAGAAGAUUGUGGAGAGAUUGAAAGCUGUAGAACAGGAGAUCUCUGGAGGAGCCAUGGCUAUCGUGGCUGUUGUUCUCAACAACAAGCUCUAUAUCGCCAAUGUGGGUACCAAUCGGGCACUGUUAUGCAAGUCCACGGUGGAUGGGCUGCAGGUGACUCAGCUCAAUGUGGACCAUACAACAGAGAACGAGGAUGAACUUUUUCGCUUCUCCCAGCUGGGCUUGGAUGCAGGGAAAAUAAAACAAGUGGGAACUAUUCGUGGGCAGGAAAGCACUCGGCGCAUUGGAGAUUACAAAGUCAAAUACGGCUAUACUGAUAUUGAACUGCUCAGUGCUGCUAAAUCUAAGCCCAUCAUAGCAGAACCGGAAAUCCACGGAGGGCACUCACUGGAUGGGGUGACUGGCUUCUUGGUGCUCAUGUCUGAAGGGCUCUACAAAGCACUGGAGGCAGCUCAUGGGCCGGGGCAGGCCAACCAGGAAAUUGCAGCCAUGAUAGCCACAGAGUUUGCCAAGCAGACGUCGCUGGAUGCUGUGGCACAAGCAGUAGUGGACCGGGUAAAGCGGAUCCACUGUGACACUUUUGCCAGUGGUGGGGAGCGGUCCAAGUUCUGUCCCCGGCAUGAAGACAUGACAUUGCUUGUGAGGAAUUUUGGGUACCCCCUGGGUGAGAUGAGCCAGCCCACGCUGACACCGACGCAAGGAGGCCGUGUCUACCCAGUGUCUGUGCCGUAUUCCAGCUCUCAAAGCACGAGCAAGACGAGUGUCACGCUGUCUCUUGUCAUGCCUUCCCAAGGCCAGAUGGUCAAUGGUGCCCACAGCAGCUCAACUCUGGAUGAAGCCACCCCCACCCUCACUAACCAAAGCCCAACUGUGACGCUCCAGUCAACUAAUACUCACACGCAGAGUAGCAGCUCAAGUUCAGAUGGGGGUCUCUUCCGCUCCCGACCCACCCACUCGCUCCAGCCAGAUGAAGAUGGGCGUGUGGAGCCCUACGUCGAUUUUGCAGAAUUUUACCGGCUUUGGAACAUGGACCAUGGCGAGCAGGCAGCACUGACUGUGUCCUAACGUGGAAAUCUGCCUCCUCCAAACACCCUGCGCUCGGCUGUGUGAGCAAAGACUGAGGCAAGAAUGAGAGCGCUCCACCGAGGGCUGUGUUCUGCUGAGAGUUAACUCCUAUCCAGGAUGUGCUGAACGCUGGGCUGGGGAGCGCGUGCAGCGCCCUCCACACACGUGUUGCCUGUGCCAUCCACCCGAUCCUGACCAGCCUUGUUUCCUCAGAAGCCCUGUGAAUAGGGGAAGGGGUCUUGAAUGCAACCCUCACUGCAGGUUUUUGCAACUAAAGAUGCAGAGAGGGCUCCCUCCGGAUGAUGCAAGAGUAGGGACCUGUACAAAGGCUGUGUGUGUGCGCGUGUGUAGGUGUACGCGUGUGUGCCUGCGUGUGUGCGUGCUGUCAUAAUGUUUCCACAAUUCAGUUCAUAAUGCUGUGAUUCCAGUGUUCAACUCCAUAGAAGAUACCUCUAUUUUGCAGAAUAAAUAACUUAUAGCUACACUCA